AAGAAGUUUUUACAAACGGAGACAAGAGAGACCACUGGGGGCUUCCGUGAGAAUUCCACCGGAGCAAGAUUUAUAUUGCAAAAUGUUGAAGUGAGGAAUCCUUCUGCCUCAGCAUCUUGGAGUGGAGCUAGGAGGAACUUUGUACAUCAGGAAGAAUUUCUUUUCUCCAGACCUGUCUUUUGGCCAGCAUGUGUCAGGAUCCGACAGCUUGGGCUAUAGAAGCGCCCGAAUCUGCCUCGGGCAUUUUAAAUUGAACUCGAGGGAUCAAGGUUUCGGCAAGAUGAAGAGCACAGAGAACUUUGAUGAGACUGGUGCCACGUUAAACCCUAGUGCGACCCCCAAGGGAAGGUACAUUUAUCUGGAAGCAUUCCUGGAGGGAGGAGCUCCCUGGGGUUUUACUUUGAAAGGUGGCCUGGAGCAUGGAGAACCAUUAAUCAUCUCUAAGAUUGAAGAAGGGGGCAAAGCCGAUUUGGUGACUGCCAAACUACAAGCCGGGGAUGAGGUCGUCCACAUCAAUGAGGUCACACUGAGCAGCUCCAGAAGGGAGGCCGUCUCCCUUGUGAAAGGAUCCUACAAGACCCUCCGGCUGGUGGUACGCAGAGAUGUGUGUGCAGACUCGGGCCAUGCAGAUCCUGGUGCCUCUAACUCCUCUAGUCCAGAGCACCUCACCUCUGGCCUCCAGCACAGGAAAGCAUUGUGGCCAGGAGGGGUUAAACUUCGGCUGAAGCACAGGCGCAGUGAACCUGCAGGCCGACCUCACUCGUGGCACACAACCAAAUUUGGGGAGAACCAACCUGAUACCAGCAUGAUGCAGAUAUCUCAGGGCACGAUGGGCCCUCCUUGGCACCAAAGCUACCAUUCCAGCUCCUCUACAAGUGACCUCUCCAACUACGACCAUGCUUAUCUGAGGCGGAGCCCUGACCAAUGCAGCUCCCAGGGGAGCAUGGAGAGCCUGGAGCCCAGUGGGGGAUACCCAUCCUGCCAUCUUCUUUCCCCUGCCAAGUCCACCAGCAGCAUUGACAAGCUCAGCAACCUCCAUAACAAGAGAGACUCAGCAUAUAGCUCCUUCUCUACCAGUUCUAGCAUCCUAGAGUACCCACCCCCUGGCAUCUCUGGCCGUGAGCGUUCAGGCUCCAUGGAUACUGCUUCUACUCGAGGUGGCCUCCUAGAAGGGAUGAGGCAGGCGGACAUUCGCUAUGUCAAGACGGUCUAUGAUACCCGGAGGGGAGUCUCAGCAGAGUAUGAGGUGAACUCUUCAGCCCUGCUUCUUCAAGGUAGGGAGGCCCAAGCAUCUGCGAAUGGUCAGGGCCAUAAUAAAUGGCAUAGUGUUCCUCGGGGCAAGGGAACGCCAUCCCCAUCCUGGACCCAGCAGUGCCCCAGUUCCUUGGAGACUGCCACUGAAAACCUGCCCCAUAAAGUGGGUGCACCCCUGCCCCCAACUCGAAGCGACAGUUAUGCUGCCUUUCGGCACCGUGAGCGGCCCAGCUCCUGGUCUAGCCUUGAUCAAAAACGGUUCUGCCAAUCUCAGGCAAAUGCUUCAGGCUCCCUGAAAUCAUUCAUAGAGGAACCACUGCAUACUGUACUAGAAAGGAGUCCAGAGAACAGCCCUCCAGUGAAGCCUAAGCAUAAUUAUACCCAGAAGGCCCAACCUGGCCAACCGCUGCUGCCAACUGGCAUCUACCCUGUACCUUCCCUAGAGCCACACUUUGCCCAGGUUCCCCAGCCUUCUGUGAGUAAUAACGGCAUGCUGUACCCUGUACUGGCGAAGGAGAGUGGAUAUACAGCUGCUCAGGGAGCUUGCAACCAGAUGGAUACCUCUGAUGAGAACGGGAACCAAAAUGGAGCUAGCAGGCCUGGGUUUGCCUUCUUCCAGCCCCUAGAACACGACUCACUGUCCCCAGUGGAGAGGAAAUCAGACACUACAGCCAAGUAUGUCCCCUACAGAGUUCAUUUUUCUUCAGUGCCUGAAAACGAGGAGGAUUCCUGCCUGAAGAGACAUCUCACACCUCCCCAAGGCACCGGCCCACAUCCCAGUGAGAGAAGGAGCUCCCAUGGCGACAAACCAAGUUCUAACCGCCACAGCCUCAAAUCCCCUCGGGCUCAGGUUUGGCAAGUGGGUGAAGACAAGAAAUCUUCCAGGCCCCCAGAGCCCUGGGAGGGCGAUUUCCAGGAAGAAGACUAUAAUGCCAACCUCCAGCAGAAAGUAGAGAGAGACAGCUUAAGCCAGAACCUGUCAGGGAACUUUGGCAGGACCAAGACAGCCUUCUCAUCCCUCCAGAACAUUCCAGAGAGUCUAAGGAGGCAAAGCAGCCUGGAAGUAGGAGGGGGUGCCCAGGAGGGUUACCCUGGUGGCUGGCCCAGCAGUGGAGUUAACACUAAGGUGGAGGACCCCGGAAGGAAAGCUGUUCUUGAGCACAGGGCCCACCUGGACAGGCCAGUUUCCUAUCCAAGGCCUGAAGGGAGAACCGGUACCUCAACGUCUUUCACUAGUUCAGACCCAAGGUAUGAGGAACCGACCACCCCACCACACCAACAGACAUCCAGUCUGGGCCGGAGGAGACUCAGCUCAGGAAGCACCUCCACUCUUCAGGGCCUUCAGUACAGGAAGCCCCAUUGCUCUGUGUUGGAGAAGGUUUCCAAAAUCGAGCAGCGAGAGCAAGAAAGCUACAGAACCCCGAAUGUGGGUAGCCCCACGUGUGGUCCCAACUACAGGCCCACUAGGACAGUCCCAACCUCCAGUACUUCUGGGAAUGAUUUGGAGGAGACAAAAGCCAGCAUGCGUUUCUUGGAGCCUGCUGAGCCUCUAGGCAAUGGGGAGCAGCACUUCAAAAACGGGGAGCCUAAGUUGGAAGAGGUUUCCCGGCAGCCAUGUGGUCAGCAGCUGAGGAGAACUGCGGAGGGCAGCAGUGGCCCCCUGCUCCGAGGCAGUGAGCCCCUGAGGCCGGACACUCGCCUGCUCCGGAGCCAGAGCACCUUUCAGCUCUGCAGCGAGGCCGAGAAAGAAGCUGUUUGGGCAGACGACAGACCCGGCACGCCCGAGUCGCCCCUACUAGAUGCACCCUUCAGCCGCGCCUACAGAAACAGUAUCAAGGACGCCCAGUCCCGCGUCCUGGGAGCCACCUCCUUCCGACGCCGGGACCUCGAGCUGGGUGCCCCUGCUGCCUCAAGGCCCUGGCGCCCACGGCCUGCCUCGGCCCACGUGGGGCUGCGGAGCCCAGAGGCUCCCACGCCAGCCUCCACCUCCCCGCACACCCCACGGGAGCGGCAUAGCAUGACCCCUGCCGAGGGAGGCCCAGCCCUGCCCGCACCCCAAACAGCUCGCAGAGGUGCGCGUCGGCGCCUGACACCUGAGCAAAAGAAGCGCUCCUACUCAGAACCCGAGAAGAUGAACGAGGUGGGGAUCUCUGAAGAGGCUGAGCCUGCGCCCUUGGGCCCACCGAGGAAGGGGCUGCACCUUCCGGAGAGCACUGUCGCCGACCGGCGCCGCGUCUUCGAGCGGGAUGGCAAGGCCUGCUCCACGCUCUGCCUGUCGGGGCCCGAGCUGAAGCAGUUCCAGCAGAGCGCCCUGGCCGACUACAUUCAGCGCAAGACUGGCAGACGACCCUCCUCUGCCGCCGCCUACGGGCCCGCUGAGCCCGGGCUACGGGAGCGCGCCCAGAGUGCCUACUUCAUGGCCGGCCCCACGGCACCCGAAGGCCCCAGCCUGGCCGUGGCCUCCAGCCUGAGCUCCCUGCGGGAGCCUAGCAUGCAGCCCCGCAGGGAAGCCUGCCUUCUGCCUGCGGCCACAGAGCACCACCGGGGAUCCAGAGACCGCAGCAGCUCCUUUGCAGGUGGCCGCUUCCUUGGGGAGCGGCGACAUGGGGACCCCCAGACCCAGAGGGAGCUGCGCAAUGGAGCUAACAGCGGACCAGGGGGCACCCAGAGGAUGGACAAGACCUCUCGGGGGCCGUCUUCCUGGAGUGCAGUGGCCGUGAGGGCCGGGAAGUCCAUGUCGGCAGAGGACCUGCUGGAGCGGUCAGAUGUCCUAUCAGUCCCUGUCCAUGUGAGGUCCCGGUCAUCUCCCACUGCAGACAAAAAGCACCAGGAUGUUCUCCUGGGGGAAGACAGUGGCUUUGGUUUCGUGAAGGACCCAUGUUACUUAGCUGGCCCCGGAUCUAGAUCACUCAGUUAUUCAGAAAGAGGCCGAGAAGAGAUGCCAUUGUUAAUUCACCAUCCUACCGCUCAUUGGGGUGGCUCAGGCUGCAAAACAACUGGUGGUUCCUCAGUUGCUAAUGAGUGUCCUGGAGCCCUGGACCAUCCAAGGCAAGCCAGCAGAAUGCCUUGCCCCAGGCCACUACCAGUAGGAACACAAGGGCAUCUCACAGAUGCCAGUCCUUCAGCCCUGACCCCGCUCAGCUCCCCUCUGCCUUCGUCCAUUUCCUCUAGCUGCUGCUCACAGCUUGCCACUGAUCAGCAGACUGCAAGGGAUGCACAGGCAGGUCGACAGCCUGUUCCUUCCUAUGUCCCUGUGGUCACUCACAGAAGCAAUGGUCACACCCUGACCCAGCCUCCCAGUCCAAGAAGCUGUGAGUUCAACAUCCCAGAGCAUGGGGUAGAAGAGGGAGCAUGGAAGAGAGUCUCCCUGCCUCAGCGGCCACCACCUUCCCGAGUAAAAUGGGCCCACACGGUCAGAGAGGACAGCCUUCCUGAGGAAGCCUCCUCGCCUGAGUUUGCAAACCUGAAGCACUAUAAAAAGCAGCCUAGUCUUUCAAGUUCAUGCAGCACUUCUGACCCAGACACUCCAGGGAGGAUCUCUCUCCGAAUAUCCGAGUCCGUCCUUCAGGCUUCCCCACCACCUCGGGAAGACUAUGAUGACGAAGUGUUUGUGAAGGACUUGCGCCCCACAGCCACCUCUAGUCCUACAUCUGAAGCUCUUCCCCCACCCCCACCCCCACCCCCUCCACCGAGCCAGGAAACCCCAUUGAAAUGCUCGGAUGACUUCCCCCCACCUCCUCCCCAAGCUGUGCAUGAGGCGGAGCUGGACAGCGAGGCUCAAGAGGGUUCCAGCAGCAGUGACAGCAAAUUUUCCAAGGUGACAACUGUAAGGGAAAGACACAUGCCUGAUGCACCCCAUCUGGUAGGUGGUCAAAUCCUGGCUUCCAGACCCCAGACUUCUAUCAGAGGCUCAGAGGCCAACAAGUCCAACCCUCCCUCCUUCGUGAGUCUUCAACCUCAACUUGCUGGAUCUCUUGGCAAGCAGCCAAGCCCGGGGCAGCCACCUCCCAGCCGAACCCAAAGCCUCAUGCAUGAACCAGUCAGUGUAACUCAGGGUUUAGAAAAGAAAGGCAGUUCUGAUCCUCAGAAGACCUCAGAAGACAUCAGAACUGAGGCUCUGGCCAAGGAAAUUAUCCACCAAGACAAAUCUCUGGCAGACAUUUUGGAUCCAGACUCCAGAAUGAAGACAACUAUGGACCUGAUGGAAGGUUUGUUUCCCCGAGAUGUUAACUUGCUGAAGGAAAACAGCAUAAAGAGGAAGGCCAUGCAGAGAGCUGUCAACUGCCCAGGACAUGAAGGCAAGAGGAGUGAAGACAAGGAAAUGGUGGGCACAUUGGUCAACUGCUCUGCCUACUACAGUGUGUCUGCUGCCAAGGCUGAGCUUCUGAACAAAAUCAAAGAUAUGCCAGAGGAGGUGGCUGAGGAAGAGGAGCAGAUGGAUGUCAAUGAAAAAAAGGCUGAGCUUAUUGAAAGCCUCACCCACAAGCUGGAGACGCUCCAGGAAGCCAAGGGGAGUCUGCUCAUGGACAUCAAGCUUAAUAAUGCCUUGGGAGAAGAGGUGGAGGCUGUGAUCAGUGAGCUCUGCAAGCCCAAUGAGUUUGACAAGUACAAGAUGUUCAUAGGGGACCUGGACAAGGUGGUGAACCUGCUGCUCUCCCUCUCGGGGCGCCUGGCCCGUGUAGAGAACGUCCUUAGCGGCCUUGGUGAAGACGCUAGUAAUGAAGAAAGGGUAUGUGGCCUAGCAACUCAGUUCAGCAAGUUUUCCCUCUGAGCACACAAAUGUAAGAGCGGUGCUAUUAGACAGGAUCCCUUCUCUCAAGAAGAUAAAAUAGAACCAGGUGCACCAGCACACACCUGUAAUCCCAGUGGCUCUGGAGGCUGAGGCAGGAGGAUUGCAGGUUCA